AUGGCUAACGAACAUUUUAAAUUUUCACUAAUGUCUAAUCCACCAAUCACAAGUGACGAUUUAAAUACAUCAAUUAAACUACUAAAUGACACCAUUUACACCUACUUUGCUGGAAACUUCGGGUUUGUGGAACGUCUGCCGGAUAAAUUACUCAAUGAUAAAUACAAAAAUCACAGCAUAAAGGACUUGAAGAAAGCAUUGAAACCACUUAAAUUAUCCAACUCUGAUCUUGCCGAAAUUAGAUAUGUCUCUCGUCUCGUGCGAAAUAAGCUCAAAUCUAACACAACUAAUGAUAACAUGCAUAAUGAGUCGUUUAACCACGAUAAAUACUUUGAACGUAAUUUCUGGGAUAUGUCAAGAAAAUCAUAA